AUAUGAUUCCAAUCAGAAGAAGGAAUAUUAUUGUUCGUAAGAAACUUAUGAGUUUCAACUAUCGAACGCAAUGCUUUGGGCACGAUUGACAAGAUUCAAGGUGAAAAAAAAAAUCAAUUCUUUCGAAUUUCUAAGGAAAUAAAAGAGGAGAAAGCUUAAUGUUUUGUGGAGGAACUUAAACUGGCUCGUACGUUUAUAUCCUUCAUAUAGAGAACAUGCCAGUCGUAAAUCACCUGUCAGCACCGAAUGUUCGUCGAGAACUGCUAACAACGAUCUGUCUUUGCAAUCCAUGACAAAGCAAGCGUAUCCAUUAUCACAAAUAUUCACUAUAUAAAAUGCCUCGCAAUUAUCUAUACGCUAUUAAAUUUAUCUCGAAAACAUUUCAAUCGUUAUACGUAUUCGAUAAUGAUUAUUAUCUCUUUCUCACGUUCUUUUGUUGAAGAUUAUUAAUCGUGCAUUUUUAAAAAUUCUUUAAUAAUUUACAUAUCAUUUUAUGGGCAAAUAAAUUUUAUUUAACGAUCGAGAAUAAUUUCUUGAAGACCAUGUGAACGUAUUAAUUGCUUCUAUCGUUGACCGAUUCUCUCAUUUCCUUUUCAAGCCAGCGUCAAUGUAGAUGUCGAAACUAGAAAUUUACGCGUAGACGUUGAGCUGCCAAUCAAGUUUCUACUGUGAUCGACGCGUUCAGUGAACGGAUUCAUAUUUAGAUACAUACGUUACAACAUUUUCAAAUAGUGAGACAGUGUGUUUGUUCUCUUCAUUUAUAAAUAUUUAAUAUCUAGAAGAAGAGAAUAGAAAAAGAAGGAUUAAUAAAAACUAACGAUAUUGUGUAUUCCACACGCAAGUUUCAGGAUAGAUAUGGUCACGUGACCAUUUGAAUUCAUUAAACCAGUUUAAGAGAUUGGCAUUAAUAAUCAAGGAAUUUAUCACAUUACUACACGCAUUAGAAAAUUCAUAAAAUUGAAAUGUACUAUCCGAAGUAUAUCAUUUGGUCACGAUCAAUAGAACUGCUUGUUACCUAUUCUUUUUUCUUUGUUAUCAGCCUAUUGAGAAACGAUUUGUUAUAUAAUCGUGUUAGUGUCGACGAGAAAAUUUUAUGUGUAUUUUCAUCGUAGUACCAACGAGAAUACGAAGAUCUAAAGAAGAUUAACGAUAAGGAACUACGAGUUUCUUUUUGUUCUUUUUUAUCGUAAUGAAAACAAGAUCGCUAUAGAAACGGAUCGAAGGAAUGGAAAAGAGAUAUUGGAGAGUCAAGGAUAAUAAAAUAUAAUGAGAUCCAUCAAGCUAUAUUAUACAAGCGACUAGUUUAACUUGAAAUAUUUCCUCGCAAUAACUUGAAGGAAAUAUAUUCGAAGAAUAACGAAGAAUAAUUACGGAUUUUUAAGUGGAAAAGUUCUCCAAAAAUAUAUUGAAAAGUAUACUAAGUGACAAUAUUUUUUGUGCUAAUGAUAAAAAAAACGUCAGCGAUAACGAAAACCUUGACACAUCAUAAAACAACGCUGUUUAUCAGUAUCGUGCAAUACAUUAAAAGAAAAGAAAUUUUAGAACUUACUGAAAACGAAUGAAUAAUAAUUUAUCGUUUGUAUAAUAUUAAAGAAUCACAAAAAUGUCCAUAUUACUAUUACGUACGUUUUCAAUUAUUUUCAUGCUAUUUGUAAUAGCGAACGUUGUCGUUCAUGGAAAUCCUUUUUCUGCGCAUAGCAAAAAUGAGGAUUUUACUUUUCACAUUGUCCACACCAAUGAUAUGCACGCAAGAUUUGAAGAAACGUCGAGAUUGUCGGCACCAAUUUGUUCUAAACAAGAUACCGCGACAGGAAAUUGUUACGGUGGUUUCGCCAGAAUAGCGACCUUGAUUCGUCAAGCUAGAAAUUCGUCCAUACCAACAUUGUUUUUGAAUGCUGGUGAUACUUAUCAAGGUUCCGUGUGGUUUAAUAUCUACAAGUGGAAAAUCGUUGCAAAGUUCCUCAACAUUCUCGCACCAGAUGCGAUAAGUCUUGGAAAUCAUGAGUUCGAUGACGGUGUAAAUGGUUUAAUACCCUUCAUCGAAGAAUCAAAGUUUCCAGUUCUCGCGGCGAAUCUUGAUUUAUCGAAACAGCCAAACUUAAAAGCUACGAAGUUAGCGAACAGUACGGUCUUGGUGAUAAAUGGUACAAAGAUUGGUGUGAUCGGUUAUCUCACGCCAGAGACGACGAUCAUAUCGAUCACCGAAAACGUGAUCAUUAACGACGAGGUACCUGCUAUUCGCGAGGAAGCAAAGAAAUUGAAAAAGCAGGGUGUAAAUAUUCUCAUUGCUUUGGGUCAUUCUGGAUUCGAUAUUGAUAAAAAAAUCGCCAAAGAAGUUGAAGACAUCGACAUUGUCAUCGGUGGACAUACCAAUACAUUUCUCUAUCGUGGCAAACAACCUGAUGCUGAACACCCCGAAGAUAUUUAUCCUACUGAAAUUGUACAAGACAACGGUAGAAAAGUUUAUGUUGUUCAAGCAUACGCUUAUACUAAAUAUCUCGGUAACUUUAGCGUUUCUUUCGACUCAAACGGCGAAGUUACUGACAUUGUGGGCAAUCCAAUUCUAGUCGAUCAUAGUAUCGAACAGGCACCGGAUGUUCUCAAAGAACUGGAUUUACUCAGACCUGCGAUCGAUAAUAUAAGCACAACGGAAGUUGGAAAAACUCGUGUAUUACUCGAUGGUGACAGUAAAACGUGUAGACAAAAAGAAUGCAAUUUAGGAAACCUCAUUACCGAUGCUAUCAUCGAUUACAAUGCCCAGGAAUAUUUUUUUAAAGGAAAAUGGACCGAUGCUGCUAUUGCCGUUCAAAAUUCUGGAAGUAUAAGAGCGUCUAUCACUAGAGCCUUGAACGAUAAGAUCACAAUAGGUGAUAUACUUGGAGUUCUACCUUUUGGCAACAUUAUUUUCAAGACGUCAAUGACAGGAAAACAAAUACUCUCAAUGUUGGAAUGGAGUGUUUAUAAUCUUAAUUACAAUUCUUCGGAUAAUUUAUUCGGUGCAUUCCUUCAAUUUUCCGGUCUUCAGGUCUCAUAUGACAUUUCUCGUCCGCCCAAUUCAAGGGUAAUUUCCGUCCAGGUACGAUGUGCCGCUUGUAAUAUUCCAAGUUACAGUGAUCUCGAUAAAAAUGCAACUUAUAAAGUUCUGAUAAAUGAUUUUAUGCAUAACGGAGGAGACGGUUAUAAGAUGUUGAAAGAUCUUGAAUAUACUACAAUAGGUGUUACUACAGCGGAUGUAGUUAUCCAAUAUUUGAAAAAAUAUAGUCCUGUAUACCCUGGUGUCGAUUGGAGAAUUAAUUACGUAGACGAAAUAUAUUCUAUUAAAUUUAAUAAAGAAGAUAUAUCAUCUACCUCAGUUAGAGAAUAUUCGAUAGUACUUCUAAUUCUAUUGACAAUGAUUACUAGAUUGUUAACUUGAUUUUGUUGCUCGUAAUGGUGAUUUUAUUUUAUAUUAAGUUUAUAAAAGAAAAUGAAAAUUUGACAGUAUUUACGUAUACAGUAUCAUGUGCACACAGUCAUCUAUAUAUAUAUAUAUAUAUAUCUAUAUAUCUAUAUAUAUAUAUAUGCAAGUAAUUUGCAUAUCUUUUAAUUUGUUAGUAUCUAUUGUAAACAUAUAUUUUUAUCUUUCUUAACUUGAUAACAAACUUUUAUGAUAUAUUAUUUGAUCUAUUACUUUAUCAUAACAUAUUAAUUGAUUUUCUUAUUAUACAUAUGCAUUUAAAGACUUACAGAUACUUUACAAUGUAAUGUCUAAAUGAUACCAAGUGGAUAUCAUAUCGUAUAUAAUGAUACUAGCAGAUUUCAUUAUUGGAUUUGUAUCCCAUUCUCUACCUCAGAAAAUAUAAUUCGAAUAAUUUAUUUUUGCAAUAUAUGAUGUUUCAUGUAUAUAAUAAAAUAAAUAUUAAGGUAAACCAUU